GGUGGGCAGGCGCGCUGCAGCCGCCGCCACCUGGUGGUCCCCAGGGCUUGGGACCCUUCCGGGGAAGGUGGCCCUAGACGGGGGGCAGGCGUUUCUGGGAGGCGGAAGGCUGCUUGGCCACAGGUCCUGAGGCGAACGCGAGCAUGUGGUUUUGGCCAAAUUGGGCGAGGGCACAAAAUAACCACUUACCCCUUCUCACCGAGGAGGAACGGGAGAAAGGGUAUGGCACACUCUCAAGGCUGGGUGAAAAGGUACCUCAAGGCCUUUUGUAAAGGCUUCUUUGUGGCAGUGCCUGUGGCAGUGACCUUCCUGGAUCGGGUUGCCUGCGUGGCAAGAGUAGAAGGAGCAUCAAUGCAGCCAUCUUUAAAUCCUGGGGGGAGCCAGUCAUCUGAUGUGGUACUUUUGAACCACUGGAAAGUGAGGAACUUUGAAGUACAACGUGGUGACAUUGUGUCAUUAGUGUCCCCUAAAAACCCAGAACAGAAGAUUAUUAAGAGAGUGAUUGCUCUUGAAGGAGAUAUUGUAAAAUUCUUUUCCAGUAUGUUAUUACAAGACACUGAAUAUAUUCCCUGUACUAUACUAUACAAACCAUUGGACACAAAAACCGCUAUGUCAAAGUCCCCCGUGGCCACAUCUGGGUCGAAGGUGAUCAUCACGGACACAGUUUUGACAGUAAUUCUUUUGGGCCGGUUUCCCUGGGGCUCCUGCAUGCUCAUGCUACACACAUCCUGUGGCCUCCAGAGCGCUGGCAGAAGUUGGAAUCUGUCCUUCCUCCAGAGCGCUUGCCAGUUCAGAGUGAAGAGGAAUGCCUGCGUGGAUCCCCCUGAGCUGCUGGCGCGGGGAGGCCACCACCACCUCCCGUCACAGCAAGAGGGAUGGAGAAGAGAAAUAUCCAAAAGGGCAAAGCUUCCCACAAGAUGAUGGUGUGCAAGGAACAUUUCUAUCACGUGAAGAUGAUCUGUAAUAUUAGAGAAGGAGUUUUAAACUAUUAAACAGUAUUAAAUAGCAUCUGCUUUUGUGUUAAAUUGUAAUACCCUAUAGUUUAAUGCUUUAAAAAUUGCAAGCCUUUGGCAAUAAGAAGAUUUUAUUCCCAUAUGUCUGACAGGGGAUAAAUUUUGGAUUAUUUUUUAUACAUACUUUUUCUGUUGGUUGUUAAGCUUUGACUUUGGUGCUUGCUGGUGGAAGACUAUGAAGAUUACUCUUGAGAUGGAACAUGAAGAAACAUUAUACACAUAGUGAGAGGAAUUAUAUUUUGGAAUAUAUAUGGUUGACAGCAUCUACAGUGCAAUGACUACCAGUGAGGAAGAACAGUAAACUGAUGUAAAAAGAAAACACUGAUUUGCUCAAAUACUGUUUUGGGUGUUUAUCCUUUAACCUUUAAUAAUAAUCUACAAAAAAGGAAUAUAGUCUCUAUUUUGGAAGUAAGGAAUUAAAUUAGUGCAGAACCAAUUCUAGCAACACUUCCAUACAAUCAAAUCUUUCUUAUUGGUCCUUUUUUAAUCCCAAAUUUCUUAAUACUCUCAUGUCUGUUCACAUUGAUGAGUAAACCCAUUUAUUAAUAAUAUGCAGUCACUAUUUGGGGGAAAAAAAAAAUCACUCCAGAUCAGUCAAGUUUGAUUCCCCACCCCCCAAUGAUUUUUCAGUGCUCCUGUUAGUAAUACUGAAAUCACCAAUUGAAAAGUGGGGUAAUACAUAUUAGACUUUAUAAUUGUAUAGCUAGGGUGGGAAAUUACCUGCAUGCAAGUUGAUAUUUAUGAAGCUUUUCUUUUUUCCCUCCCACUGGUUGGAGUUUGGCACUUAUGAAAAACUACGUCUCUAGAUCAAUCUCCUCUGUAUGGCUGGUCUCAUUUUCUUCUGUUUCAUCAGGAGAUAAGAUCCCAGAUGAGGACUAGCCAUCUUGCAAAUGUGUAUGCAACCUCAUUAUUUGCUGAUGGGAACAGAAAGAGCAACAACAACAAAAAAUGCAUAUCAAGAGCAUAUGUUACUAAUAAUAACUCAUUAGCACCUUAAUAGCUAGUUCAACAAACAUCAGUGCAUGCUUAUGUACUAAGGUUGGUCAAAAUUAUUAUUUUUAAGAGAUCUGCUUAAUAUCUUUUGAUGGAUCUAUAUUAUCCUUAUCAGUUCUUCAAUUCCAUUUCCCUUUCCUCCCCAACUUGAACUUCACACUCUGACUUUUAACUGCUGAUUACCAAAUACUCCUUGCUAUUUCAAGACUUGUAAUUUUUUUCCCUUGGCAAAGUGCAUCCUCUAGGAUUACAUGUAAAAUAUUGAGAGCAUAAAGGUUUUAACCCUUUAGUUACUGGAAUAUAGGAAAGUCUAGGGACUAUGGAAGAGGGGGGUUAGGGUGAUGAUGAGGGGAAGAGAGUAGAGAGGAAAUGAAGGGGUAUGUGGAGUAGCUGCUAGUUACUCUGGUGUGGAAGAAUUUGGUAUUUUAACAGUUUGGCAGAAUGGCUAUCAGCCUUGCUACCUUAUUGACGAUCUGUGUCUUCCUGCUCUAACUAUUAAUUCAAGAUUGUGAAUCUUCAGAUAGGAGACAAAUGCUCCUUCUAUUUAAUUUUGUAUUCUCUAGCCAUCUAGCACAUCACCAGCGGAGUUAAUACUUGAUGCUUGUUGAACAAUGCAGCUCAUAACUUACCUUCUCAAAGAUGCAACUCCAGGCUGAGUUUUUAUCUGUGUUACCUAGUAUGCACUUUCAUGAGAGUAUCAAUCACUCUCAGUAUUAACCAAUGAAGGAAAGAGUCCUUAACUGUCUUCCACUCCCAGGGCACAGCAAGAGGCAACAGACUCAAGAGCCUGGUCUUUCUGUGAAGAGGACUUGCAGCUUAUAUUCAUAGCUUUGACGUGAGGCGCAGGCUUCUAAUUAAACACACAUCUCAGGGCUGACUGUAACCCUUUCAGAGACCUGGGAGGGCAGGCAUUAUCUUUGCACUCUCCCUCUGCCAUGUUCCAGCACACCAGCGAAAAUUCUUACACGUUUGGUGCUCCGGUUUUUGUGGCUGCCACCCAUGGGACACCCUUUGAUCACCUGGCUCUGGUGGCCAGCUGGACUAGCAUUCCACCAUCCCAUGGACUGUUAAAAAUUGGGGCCACAGUUCUGGGCUGCACUGUGCCCAUCCCUAGUGGCAGCACACUGAAGCAUACUCUCAGUCUUUCUGUGAAAAAGGCCCAUUUCCUUGGAGCUUUGGUCUUAUGGGAAGGGUUCUGGUUUGGCACAUAUCUAGGGGCUACUGAGGUAAGGACACCAGGGAUGGGGGUCAGUGGAUGCCAUCCUCAUGCUCUCCCUCUGCCUCACUCCAGGUUGCCAGCGUCUCCCAGAAAAGAGCUUGUAUACUUGUCUGGCACCCUGAUUUUUGUGACUGCCACCUAGGAGACUCCUCCAGAUUGUCUGACUCUGGUGGACAAUGAGAUUUACAUUUGUGAUCCCACCAGAAUAUAAGUAUUUACAUACUUUAAAAGCUGCUGCCUGAGGGCCUGGCUUCCAAACCACUGGAAUCUAGGUGCUGACUGAGAUCCUCCCCUCCACUGACAGGUCUUGGCAUACUCUCAACUACUAGGAGCCACUAAAAAUCAAGUAGGCUGCUUGGACAAUUGCAAAGGUUUGAAAGACAAUCAAGAACUAAGGCAGAGUACAACAAUAGGUUCAUCUCCUAUGUGAGGCCACUCCUUUAAGACUGGAGAGGUGGUGGUUUUAUUUAAUGCAUGGAAACUAACGUAGAGAGUCAAGGAAAAUGAAGAAACAGGAAUAUUCCAAAUAAAAGAAUAACAAACCUCAGAAAAUGUCAUUAAUGAAACAGGGAUAAAGGAUUUAUCUGAUAAAAUAGGAUCAAAAUAAUGGUCAUAGAGAUGCUCACUGAAUUCAGGAAAAGAAUGAAUUGAACACAGUAAGAACUUCAGUAAAGAGCUAGAAACUGUAACAAACUAUCAAAAAAUCACAGCUGAAGAGUAAAAAUCAAAACAAAACAAACAAAAUAAUGCUAGAGGUAUUCAACAAGGCUAGAGGAGGCAGAGAAAAGGAUCAAUGAAAUUGAAGACAGGGUAGUGAAACUCACACAAUCAGAGCACCAAAAAGGAUAAAGCUUUUUUAAAAACUGAAGAUAGUUUUAGGGAUUCAAGGGACAAGAUGAAGCAGACCAACAUUUGCACUACAGGGAUCUCAGAAGAAGAGAGAAAGUAGCAGAAAACUCAUUUGAAUAAAUAAUGGCUGAAAGCUUUCUUAACCUGGGGAAGGAAACAGACAUCCAGAUCCAGGAAACCCAAAAAGUUCCAAAGGAGAUAAGCCUGAAGAGACCCACACCAAAACAUGUUAUAAUUAAAAUGUCACAAGUUAAAGACAAGAAAAGAAUCUUAAAAGCAGCAAGAGAAAAACAACUUGUUAUGUACAAGGGAACUCUCCGUAAGAUUGUCAGCAGAUUUUUCAGCAGAAACUUUGUAGGCUAGAAGGAAGUGACACACCAAACAAACAAAAGAUAAAGGAGUUCACUGUCACUAAAUCAGCCUUACAAGAAAUGUUGAAGGGACUACUUUAAGCUGGAGUGGUGCUAAUGAGUAACAGGAAAACAUCAAAGUAUAAAUCUCAUGGAUAAAGUUAAAUACAUAGUAAAAUACAGAAUAAACUAAUGUUGUAAAGGUGAUGGAUGACUCACUUAUAAAGCUAGUAAGAGGUUAAAAGACAAUGAUAAUAAAGUUAUUUUAUGUUUUAUAGUUACAAUAAUUAGCCAAAGGAUACACAAGACAAAAAGAUGUAAAUGUAACAUCAAAACCAUAAAAUAUGGUGGGAGGAGACUAAAAAUACAAAGCUGUAGAUUGCACUCAAACUUAAGUUAUCAAUUUAAAGUAGAUUGUUACAAAUUGUUAUAUGUAAGCCUUAUGUUAACCACAAAGCAAAAACCUAGCUACACACACACAUAUAUAUAAAUAUAUAAAAGUAAGAAGCUAAGCAUACUACUACAGAAAAUACUGAGUUGCAGAAGAAGAAAGGAACAGAGGAACUAGGAAACAUCCAGGAAGCAAACAAAAUAUCAAUAACUACACACCUAUUAAUAAUUAUGUUAAAUGCAAAUGGACUAAAUUCUCCAAGCAAAAGACAUAGAGUGGCUGAAUGGAUUUAAAAAAGAAAAUGACCCUAUCUCUAGGCUGCCUACAAAACUGUCAAUUCAGAUAUAAGGAUACACACAGACUGAAAGUGAAGGGAUGGAAAAAAGCUAUCCCAUGCAAAUAGAAACCAAGAGAAAUCUGGAGUUUCAAUACUUAAUGUCAGACAAAAUGGACUUUAAAGCAAAGACUGUAAUAAGAGGCAAAGAGAGCAUUACAUAAUAAAUAAUAAAAUAAAAUCAUAAAUGAGAGAGAAGAUGUUACAACUGAUACCACAGAAAUACAAAAUAUCAUAAGGUACUAAUAUGACCACUUAUAUGCCCAAAAUUGGACAACCUAGAAGAAAUGGAUAAACUGCCAGAAACAUACAACCUACCAAGAAUGAAUCACGAAGAAAUAGAAAAUCUGAGCAGACCAAUUACUUGUGAGAAGAUUGAAUCAGUAAUGAAAAACUACAAACAAAAGUUCAGGACCAGAUGGCCUCACUGAUGAACUGUACCUAGCACUUAAAGAGAAAUUAAUACCAACUUUGUCAAACUCUUUUAAAAAAUAGGAAAGGGGGGAACACUUCCAAACUCAUUUUACAAGGCCAAACAUUACCCUAAGGCCAAAACCAGACAAGGAUGCCACAAGAAAAGAAAAUUACAGGUGAAUAUUUUUGAAGAAUAUAAAUGCAAAUCAUCACAAAAUUAUUAAGAAACUGAGCUCAUUAAUACAUUAAAAGGAUCAUACACCAUUAUCAAGUGGGAUUUAUCCCAGGGAUGCAAGGAUCUGCAAAUCAAUGUGAUACACCACAUUAACAAACUGAACAAUGAAAAUCAUAUGAUCAUCUCAAUAGAUGAAAAAGCAUUUGACAAAAUUCAACAUCCAUUUAUGAUGAAAAUUCUUAACAUACAGCAAACAUACCUCAACAUAAUAAAGGUCAUUUUAUUACAAGCCUACAGCUCAUACUCAAUGCUAAAAAGCUGAAAGCCUUUCCUCUAUGAUCAGGAGUAACAAGGAUGCCCAUUCUCACCACUUUUAUUCAAUAUAGUAUUGGAAGUUCUAGCCACAGCUAUCAGGCAAGAAAAAUAAAUAGAAGGCAUCCAAAUAGGGAAAAAAGAAGUAAAAAUGUCACUAUUUGCAGAUGACAUAAUACUAUAUGUAGAAAACCCUGAAGAUGUUACCAAAAAACUAUCACAACUAAUCAGCAAAUUCAUUAAAGUUGCAGGAUACAAAAUCAAUAUACAAAAUAUUUUGCAUUUCUACCCACUAACAAACUAUCAGAAACAGAAAUUAAGGAAACCGUCCCCUUUACAAUUGCAUCAAGGAGUAAAAUACCUGGGAAUAUAUUUAACCGAGGAGGUGAAAGACCUGUACACUGAAAACCAUAAGACACUGAUGGGAGAAACCGAUGAAGAUACAAAUAAAUGGAAAGAUACCCCAUGUCCACGCACUGGGCUACCGAUACUGCUGAAAUGUCUCUAUGACCCAAAGCAAUCUACAGACUUAAUGCAACCCCUAUGAAAUUACUCAUGACAUUUUUCACAGAACUAGAACAGAUAAUCCUAAACUUUAGACUCCAAAUAGCCAAAAUAAUCUUGAGAAAAAAGAACAGAGCUGGAGGUAUCACGCUUCCUGACUUUACAGUCAACUACAAAGCCACAGUUGUCAAAACAAUGUGAUACUUGCACAAAAACAUAUAUAGACCAAUGCAACAGAGCAGAGAGCCCAGAAAUAAACCUAUGGUCAAUUAAUAUUUGAGAAAGGAAGCAAGAAUAUACACUGGAGAACAGUCUCUUCAAUAAGUGUUGCUAGGACAACUGGACAGCUAUGUGUAGAAGAGCGAGACUAAACAUUUCCUUGAUCAAAAUUUCAAUGGCAUUUUUCACAGAAAUAAAUCAAAUGACCCUAAAAUUUAUAUGGAACUACAAAAGACCCUGGAUAUGCAAAAGCCAUCUUGAAAAAUGUACAAAGCUGUAGACAUCAUCCUCCCUAAUUUCAUACUAUAUUUGAAAACAAUACUAAUCAAAACAGAAUGGUACUGGCAUAAAAACAGACACACAGCUCAAGGGAACAGAACAGACAGCCCAGAAAUAACCUCCUGCAUAUACAAUUAGUUUAUGACAAAGGAGCCAAGACUAUACAAUAGGGAAAGGACAAUCUUUUCAAUAAACAGUGUUGGAAAAACUGGAUGGCCACAUGCAGAAGAACAAAACUGGACCACCAUCUUACACCAUACACAAAAAUUACCUCAAAAUGGAUUAAAGGCUUGAAUGUAAUACCUCAAACCAUUAAACUACUAGGAGAAAACAUACCCAAUGGAAUUUUAUUCAGCCAUUAAAAAGGAGAUCUUACCAUUUGUUACACCAUAAAUGGACCUUGAGGGCUAUUUAUGCUAUGUGAAAUAAGUCAGAUAGAGAAAGACAGUAAGUCAGAGAAAGACAAAUAUAUGAUUUCACUUAUAUGUGGACCCCCCUCCCCCCCCCAAAAAAAGGUUAUAGAUACAGAGAACAGAUUGGUAGUUGCCAGAGAUUGGGAGCAAAAUGUGUGAAGGGGGUCAAAAGGUACAGAUUUCCAUUAUAAGCUAAGUAAGUCAUGGGGAUGUGAUGUAUAGCAUGGUGACUAUGGUUAAUGAUACUAUAUUGCAUUUGUGAAAGCUGCUUCAGAAAAUGUAUCUUAAAAGUUCUUAUCACAAGAAAAAAAUUAUAACUACCUGUGGUGAUGGAUGUUAAUUAGACUUACUGUGGUAACUGUUUUAUAAUACGUAGAAAUACUGCAUAAUCAUGUUGCAUACCUGAAACUAAUGUUACAUGUCAAUUGUACCUCAAUAAAAAGAGAAUUUGGAGACAUCCAUGUCUCCAAUUUGGA